GACAUCGCAGAGUCAACCUACUUGACGCCGUUUUUGUUUAGGUCCAGGCAAAGGAAACGGUCUCACGACAGGAAGAGCAAAAAGUCGCGCAGCAGAGAGAGAAGCAACAGCAGAGAGAAGGAGAUCAAAAGCAGAGAGAGGAAAUCCAAGAGUAGAGACAGAAAAUCUAGAAGCAGGGAUAGAAAAUCCGAGAGCAGAGACGUGGACGCUAAGAGCAAGGAUAGGAAGUCGGUUAGCAGGGAUAGGAGGUCCAGCAGCCGGGAUAAGGCAUCAAGCAGGUCAAGGUCCAGAUCUGCUGAUAAAGACGCGAAGAACAACGGGACCAUCAGUCCAGAGCAGAGAGAGACGAACCACAGAAGCGGCUCAGAACCCAUAGAGGCGAAUGGCAUUAGCUCAAAGAAUGGCCAUAUGACCGAUGGUGCGUAAACGCUUUCGAGCACGACUGCGGCGGCCGCGGCCCACUUCAGCGCUGGUGGCCAGUCAGUCAGUCAAGUCAAACAGUCAGUCAGCACCAUCGCCUUGUUUAAUACCAUCCACCGGGUGUUCUCCACACACACACACAGUUCCACGAGCGGCGGUACGUCCCUUCCGGUCAGCAAGCUGCAGGCCAAGUUGAUGUCGCUCGCCGAGAAUAAGAAACUGACGCGCUCGAGGUCACGCUCCAGAUCGAGAUCACGCACGCACAGCAGGUCUAGGUCGGCGUCGGCGAAGAAGUCCCCGGUCAAGAAAGGUCGAAGAGGCGGCAGCCGCUCCGGAGCCAGCAGAAGCAGGAGUCGGAGCAGGAGCAAUUCGGGUUCGCCUGUCAAAGAGAAACGCAGGAGAGGAUCGUCGAGGAGGUCGAGCAGGUCCGCUUCGCCGGCCAAGGAGGAUUUCGAGAUCAGGAAGAAAGAGGACAGUGUGCAGAAGAAACGGCAUUACAGAUCAAACAAAGACAGCUCAGAUAGCGAACCGGAAGGUGGCAAGAGGAGGAGAUCAAGAUCCAGAUCGAGAAAGAGGGACUCGAGUCCUUAUAGGGGUAAGAAGAGGAGCGCGUCGCCCAGAAAGAGAUCAGGCAGCAGGAAGAGAAGCCUUAGCAGAAGACGCAGCCUGUCGCGGGGCAGGCGCAGCCGCAGCAGAAGGCGCAGCUUGUCACGUGGUCGCCAAAGCCCGGUGCGAAGACGGCGCAGUCGCAGCAGGAGUCGCAGCAGCAGACCGCGCAGGCGCAGCAGUCCGAGAAGGCGGAGCAGCCCGAGGAGACGCAGCCCCAGGAGGAGGAGCAGGAGCAUCAGCAGGCCGCCGCCGCCAGGCCGUUUCAGUCGCCGACGCAGCCGCAGCCGCGGACGCCCGGUGCCGCUGCCCGCCUACCGGCGGCCUUCGCCGCCCCCGCGCCGUCGCUCCAGGUCGCGAGAUCGCCGCUCCCGUUCCCGCAGACGGUUCUCGCACGAACGACCGGUCAGUCCGCGCAGGCGUUCGUCGCCGCCGCCUUCGAGGAGGCGGUCGUCGCCCGUCAGGGACCUCUCGAGGAAGGACAGGGAACUGGCCGAGGAGAGGAUGCGCGAGCGGUUGAGAGAACGCGAGGCGAAGCAGAGGAAAGAGGAGGCGGAGAGGGAGAAGGAGCGCGAGAAGAAGCAGGAACAGUCCAAGAAGAUGGAGGAGGCGAAGAGGAAGAUCGAGGAGGAGUUGCAGAGAUACGAAAAGCGAGAACGGGAAGAAGCGGAACGAGUCGUGAAAAAGAAAUCCUCCGAGUCCGAGUCGAAAUCGAAAGAUAAGAGCGAGAAGAGAAGGAGUAAAUCCCGCAGCGGCAGUCCUCAAAAGAGCUACCCUAUCCCCCCGUUCGGUCCUCCCAGGUACUCCAGAAGCCUAUCCAGGACACCGUCGCCGUUCAUCAAGGCACACGAGUUCCCACCCAAUAAGGCUAAAGUUGUAGCUCCGGUGGUUGUUAAAGAAGAUAAAAAGAAACCCCACAAAGAGAAGACCGAAGUCAAAACGAAAAAACCUGUCAAGAAGCCUCCGAAGAGCGAGUCGGACUCUGAUUCUUCCGAUUCUGAGAGCGAGGAAGAGAAACCAAAAGAGAAGAGGAAAGUUAAAACCAAGAAGGUGAAGAAGAGGGAUACAAGUUCUAGUGACAGCGACGAUGAUGACGAUCGUUCGUCUAGAGGACGAAAGGAAAAGAGCAGCAGCCCUGAGGUUGAAGUCAAACCAAAGAAAAAAGACAAGAAAAAGAAAGGUAGCAGCGAAGAAAGAUCGGCGAACGAUAAGAAGAAGCGUCAUCAGAGUUCCGACUCCGAGGAAGAUAAAAAGGUGAAGAGAAAACGGCGCUCAGUGAGCUCCGAGAAGACGAAGAAAUCAAAGAAGGAUUCGAGUGACAGUGACACCGCACCUAAAAAGAAGAAACGUCAACAACAGGAUAGCUCCGAUGAUUCGGACGAGAAGGAAGUAUCAAAAUCCAAAAGGAAAAAGGGCGGAGACAGCUCUUCGGACAGCGACGAUGACGGAUCGUCGAGUACGAAGAAGAAGAAGCAACACAGGAAACGGGCCAAAUCCGGCAGCGACUCGGACGAAGAGGUAGACAGCAAGAAACGGAAGAAGGACAAGAAGCAUAAGAAAAAGAAGAAACAUUCGAAGAAGCAUAAGAAACACAAGAAACGGAAGCAGGUAAUAUCGAAAAUUCAUAUAUGAUAAUAAUUUUUUUUCCAAAUCAAUAAUCAUAAAUACAUAAUACUAUUGUUGUUUCGAAAAUAA